CCUCCAUAACCAUAGCCACUUGUCCCAAAGUUGAAACUGUAACCGCAGUUUCUUCAUCAUCACAACUGAAACUGAAACUGAAACUGAAACUGAAAAUCAAAACCCCCCGGCCCCAAUCAUCAUGGCUGAUGAUACUUUUCUUCUCAGCAACACUGACCUUCGACGUCUCAGCCUCAUCGACUUCUCUUCCGCCGACGAUUCUCUCAUCGCCACCAGUCCCCAACAUUCAGGUCCUUCCUUCGAAGAUGCCGCCAUCAAACUCCGAGAAUGGGAGCAGGAACCUCAACCAAAUGAGACUCAAUCGCCGGAGAAAACUAGCAAGUGCAAUUUGCGGGCCAGUUUGGCUUGGGAUAAAGCAUUUUUCACUAGUGCUGGUGUUUUGGAUCCUGAGGAGUUGAGUAGUAUGAUUGAGAAGAAGGGUGAGAAGCUUGCGUUGGCGUUACCGGGGAUUCAAGAGGAUGUGCAGGGGUCAUGUGAGUCUUUCUCUACCUUUGAAAGUGAUAGCUUGACCCUGGAGAGUUUAGAGGCUGAUUUGUUUGGGGAUGUUAGAGCUUCUAUUCAGAAAUCCAGUAGCAGGGUGUCUAAUGAGGCUAGUGUGAACAGCAAAGCCAGAGUUCCAUCACCAAGGUUUCGAACUGAUCGCUUUUCAAAAAGGGAUGGCAUGGCUUCUUGUAAUAAGAUCCCAUCUUCUAAGAGUCCAAGUGCUGUCAUGCAAGGAGCAGGGAAGCUGACAAAGAAGAGUCCUAUUUUUUCACAACUUCCCGGGACGCCUGUUGCUAGUAGGGAAGAGCCGUCUAUCUUAAAGCAAUCAAAGCUACUAGGAAAGUCUACUCCAAGUUCAACAAUUUCAUCCAAGAGAGCUUCCCCUAGCAAUCUGCAUGUCAAAAGUGAAAAUGACAAAGCAAAAGGAUUAAUCGGUGGUAAGGUCAAUUCCAUGACUAGCACACCUGUUUUUAAGGGCUCUCAAGUCAUUGUACCUAAACCCACCAUAUCAUCCAAAUCCCCUUCAGGUCUGUCAGGUGCAACGAAAACAAAACCUAGAAUUUCUACAUCUUCCGGUAGCAACCUAUCUGGUAGUAUUGGUAAAUCACUGUCAAAUUCGUUAUCUGGUAACAUUGGAAAAUCACCAUCAAAUUCCUUGAAAAGAAAAGUUGAUGCUGGAACCAAAAAGCUCUCUCCUUCCUCAGUUGCCAGAACACCAUUAAGAAAUGCUUCAAGAGAUAAAAUUGGGUCUAGCAAUUCUAGUCUUUCAGGCUUGAUGUCUGUUACUAAACUCUCUUCUAGUAUUUCUCCUGCUAGCUCUAUUAGCAACUGGUCUUCAGAGUCCUCGUCAUCAACUUCUAUGGUUAAAUAUAGGUCUAAUAGGUUAAGGACUAGUUUCGAUAGUAGCUCUAGCAGAAAAGACUUAUCAGAUAUCGAUGCUCAACAAUGUUCAAAUUCUCAAAAUCCUGAGAGUGCUUCAAGUGUAGAAAGGAAAAAGACUCAGCCUAUCUUUCAGAGUGUAAGGACUGCUGCUUCAGGAAUGGUUACUUCUCCAUCUCCUCCUCAGAAACCUUCUCGCAUUCGACUACCAUCACCAAAGAUCGGCUUCUUUGAUGGCGCACGCACUCCUCGUCGGAGAAUGCAACCACCCACUGCUGUAUCACAUAGCUUGCCCGGACAUGGAACAGGAAGUUUCAGUCCAUCUCCAAGUGAAGGCCAAAACAAAACAAAGCUCCGAAAGCUGCAACCAUCAGUCACAUCAAUUGAUAACAAAAAAUUCAAUGACCAGCAUACAUCGAAUCCAGUUCCUCUUCAUGAAUCAUUAGAUGUUGCAAUUAAGUCACCUACGGCAUUGAAACAUGACAAAAGCUCUUGUGUAGCAACCAUGGAAGUUCAAAAUGAAACGCAUCUUAAAGCUGGUGUAGUUAACUUGGACUCCAAUGAUACCAUGGCUGGAGGGAACCUUAUACAUGACCUGAAUCUUGGUUCUACACAGGAAAAUUCUCACUGUGAUGAUCAAGUUGAUUGUUUGAGCAGACAAGUUGGACUUCUGGAUAUAAAUUAGGAAGCACAAAGCAUAUUCUGGUAUGCCAGUUUGCAGAAGGAGAUACUAUGAUGUGAAUGAUUCCUUGGGCAAUGUGGUGGCUUGGCAAAUGCUUUCACAACAAUUGUCUGAGAGCAUCAUUACAGGAAAACUGGGUGAUCAAAAGAAGUUAAACUAUACAUUCUUUGAUUUUUUUUAUAUUGAAACUGAAAUUGUAGAAGGUGAAUUUUGAUGUACUCGAUCCUACUCUGGCUAUUGAAUAAAAAGAUUUCAUCAUUAUGAAGCACUUAUUUUAGU